AAAUGAACAAUACAAUUGGAGUGUUCUUCCGGUGGCGCUGCAACUAAAACACGAAGUGAGUAAAAAUUCCCACAUCCAAUCUUCCCGCCAUUUAUAUCAUCUUUCCCGUCCUAACCAUUGUUUCGUUGAUGCUCGCAUUCCAUUUCAAACCCUGCUUCUCUCUUCCCUUAUCUUUCCGCAUUUCCCUUAAACCCCCUUCUCUCGAUUUCUCAUUCCCUCGCCUCAUUAUGUCAAAGCCUCCUCCCUCCGCCUUCGACGCUCUCAUGUCUGGCGCACGCGCCGCCGCCUCCAAAAAGAAACCCCUCCCCAUUUCCUCAUCUCCCAAAAAAAGAAAAACCCCUCCCCCUCCCCCUUCCGCUUCUCCAUCCACUCUCCCCCAAAACCCUAACAACCUCAAAACCCCCGAAACCCUCCAAACCGUUCAAAAACCUCAAGAGAUCGCUCAGCCAGAACCACCGAACAAGAUCCGCAACACGUCAUCUUCACUUUCUUCGAAGGAGAUUAUUGCCGAAUUAAAGGAACGAGUUCCGAAUCUGAAGAAAAAACCCUCUGAUUUCAAUCCCAGCUCCGUUGCUUGCUGGGGGAAAGACAAACCUGUACCGUUCCUUUUCCUAUGCUUGGCGUUCGACUUGAUUUCGGAAGAGACCGGAAGGAUUGUGAUGACUGACAUUGUGUGCAAUCUAUUGAGGACAGUGAUUCAGUCUACACCGGAGGAUCUUGUUCCCGUUGUUUAUCUUUCUGCUAACAGAAUUGCUCCUGCGCAUGAAGGGUUAGAAUUGGGAAUCGGAGAUGCUUCUAUUAUUAAGGCGCUCGCCGAGGCGUGUGGAAGGACUGAACAACAGAUUAAAAUUCAGUAUAAGGAUAAAGGUGACUUGGGUUUGGUUGCUAAAGCUAGCCGUUCUUCACAGUCUAUGAUGCGGAAGCCUGAUGCUUUGACUAUUAGGAAGGUUUUCAACACCUUUCGUCUUAUUGCAAAGGAAUCUGGAAAUAACAGUCAAGAGAAGAAAAAGAAUCACAUAAAGUCACUUCUUGUUGCUGCAACUGAUUGUGAACCUCUAUAUAUAAUCCGUUUGCUACAGACCAAGUUGCGAAUUGGAUAUGCUGAGCAAACUCUUUUAGCUGCAUUAGGCCAAGCUGCAGUGUACACUGAAGAACAUUCUAAACCGCCUCUUGGAAUUCAGUCUCCUUUUGAAGAGGCUGCAAAGAUUGUUAAAAAAGUCUACUCUGUUCUUCCUGACUAUGACAAAAUGUUGUCUGCACUGCUUACGGAUGGUGUAUGGGAACUUCCAAACAAAUGUAAUUUUACUCCUGGUGUUCCUGUUGGGCCUAUGUUGUCAAAAGCAACCAAGGGUGUAUCUGAAAUUUUAGAUAAGUUCCAGGAUGUGGAGUUUACAUGUGAAUACAAAUACGAUGGAGAGCGUGCUCAGAUACAUUACUUGGAGGAUGGCUCGGUUGAGAUUUACAGUAGAAAUGCUGAACGGAAUACUGGGAAGUUUCCUGAUGUUGUUGCUGCAGUUUCAAGGUUAAAGAAAACAUUGGUAUCAUCAUUUAUUCUUGAUUGUGAACUUGUUGCAUAUGAUCGUGCAAAACAGAGAAUCCUUCCUUUCCAGGUGCUUAGUACUCGGGCCCGCAAAAAUGUAGCUUUGAGUGACAUAAAAGUUGAAGUUUGCAUAUUUGCUUUCGAUAUGUUGUACCUUAAUGGUAAAGCACUUCUUCAGGAAAACCUGAAAAUCCGUAGAGAGCAUCUCUAUGCUUCUUUUGAGGAAGAAUCUGGAUUCCUUCAGUUUGCAACAUCAAUAACAUCAAAUGAUAUUGAGGAAAUACAGAGAUUUCUUGAUGAAGCUGUUGAUGGAAGUUGUGAGGGAUUAAUUAUUAAAACAUUAAAUGAAGAUGCUACAUAUGAACCCUCCAAGCGGUCGCUCAACUGGCUGAAACUGAAGAAAGAUUAUAUGGAAAAUAUAGGGGAUUCACUAGAUUUGGUGCCUAUUGCUGCUUUCCACGGUCGUGGGAAACGUACAGGAGUCUACGGUGCCUUUCUCCUUGCUUGCUAUGACAAUGAUAAUGAAGAAUUUCAAAGUAUUUGUAAGAUAGGAACUGGAUUCUCUGAAGAAGUGCUUGAAGAACGUUCUACUAGCCUUCGCUCUAAAGUGAUUCCCAAACCAAAGUCAUAUUAUCAAUAUGGAGAAGCAAUCAAACCGGAUGUUUGGUUUGAUGCCAGCGAGGUGUGGGAGGUGAAAGCUGCAGACCUGACCAUUAGCCCUGUUUACCGAGCUGCAGUUGGCACAGUACAUUCCGAUAAGGGCAUAUCUCUUCGAUUUCCGCGUCUAGUACGAGUUCGGCCUGACAAAGCUCCUGAACAGGCCUCAUCGUCUGAGCAGGUUGCUGAAAUGUAUAAAGCUCAAAAACAUAAUCAUAAUCACAACGGCAACAUGGAUGACAAUGAAGAUGAUUGAGGGAAAAAGUUUCCUUGCUUCUCAGGUCGUUAAAUUAUGAAAUCUCAGCAUUACUUUUAUAAGCCCAUGAAUUUGGCAUACAACAUGGAGAAGGCUCGUGGAAUUUGGCUCCAAACAGUAGAUAUUUGCGCUUAAAGCGUGUUAUUUGGAUCUUGUUUCAGAAGGAACCCAAUUUGCCCAGUACUGAUCGUGUAGGUAUCAGUUCUUUUCCUUUAUCAUAUGAUACUAGUGGUGACGAGAACAACAUGACAUUUUAAGCAUGCUCACGGCAUCUCAAUAUUGUAGUUCAUUUGUUCUAAACUUAUAAUGAUUUACCGUGGUAUGAAAAUAAUAUUCAAUCCUCUUGUAGUAGGUACCCUUUGUUUAAAUCAUGCUACAUUUGUUAUCGUUUCUUAUAUUAGCAAAGCACCAAAGGUGUGUCUGAUACUGAUACAAUACGAACACUUUAAUUUAAUUAUCAAUGUGUCAAUGUCGUGAUUGGUA